GCUGAGAGUUCUAUUAAAAAUGGAACCAGAUGACGAAGAUCACAAAGAGAAUAUAGAGAUGGAUGAACAGGGUGAUACCUUCAAUAGAUUACGAAAGAAUCAAGACAGCUAUGACCCAGAUCAGGAUAGAAAUCUCAAACGCUCUAUCAGGAAAGGCUACAGAAGUCUUAUCGACAGGGCAGAAGAACACAGUGUCGACGUCGCAAACGUCACAGCGAAGGAGCUUUCAGCGGAGAUGAUAAAAGCUAAUGAUCUAUAUGAUAGUGUACGAGCACCCCAGGAAGCAACACUUGAUAGUCAUUUCCUUAUAGUACAAUCUGAAAUGUCAGCAGCCAAAGCACGCGCUAUGAAAAUUGAUGCUGAUUGUUUUGACUUGGAUGAAUUCCUCAACCGUAUGCUUAGUGUUGGUGGUGGAUUUAGCAUCGAUGACGAUGUAGAUAACGAACAGACUGGAUCUGGAAUAGAUUGGGAUAGUAUUGGUGAUAUCGCACUCAAGCACACCCGUAGAGUCCCAGUGGGUGAUUUUAUGCUUGGUGUUAUACCUGCAGAAGAAAAGAAAAAGCAAAAAAGGACUGUACAGCGCAUAAACAAGAACAAUGAGGAGAAAACAGCACCAACUGAGAUACGCGAAGAAGACAUUCAGCGAGCUGAAAAUGAAACAACAACAAAUGUGAAGAAUAUCUCUAACUUACUAGAAAAAGUAGGUGGUGAUACAGGAAUAAAUCUCUUCAAAUUCUUCAUAAAUCCAACCAACUUCGCUCAAUCUGUUGAAAAUUUAUUUUAUGUUUCAUUCUUGAUAAGAGAUGGACACGCAAGUAUAAGCCAAGAUGAAGAAACGAAGGAGGUAAUAUUGCUAGCCUGUAUGGCACCAACCCAGGAAGACUACAAAGAAGGAUUGAGCAAAGAGCAAAGCGUAUUCGAGUUUGACAUGGAAACUUGGAAUUUAGCAAAGGAGAUGUACGAUAUAACUACAUCUAUAAUACCUACACGUGAAUAUCAAACAGAUACCAUUAAAUUUAGACGUUGACCCGUAACGAUGAUCAUUCUGGUCGUUAUCGCACUUUUGACAUUUUUAAUUCUAAGUAAACCAGUGAAUAAAAAGUUUAAAUAUAAUAAAAAAUUGAAUAAAGUAUAUAAAAACAAUCUAAACAACUUUAAAUUGAAAUGGACGACGCCGGGCGUGCGUUAUUUGGAUUACAAGCUAUUCAGUUUAGUUGUCGUGGAUGAUAUAGAGAUAUAUCUAGGUAUUUUUAAUCAGUUUUAUAAAUUGUACAGUAAAGAAAGCGAUACAGCAUUGGACGUAGAAUUCUCGAGUAUAGAUAGUCGGUUGGACGAGGAAAUAAAUAAAAACGAGCAAGAUAUAGAUAAAUUAAACAAUCAGCUUGGUAGUUUUAAGCAUCUCUCAAACGAUAGCCUAUUGGAGGAGCUAAACCAGCUGAAAUCCAUAAAAAUACAACAGGAUAAGGAUAGACUGAAUGUAAAGCAUCAAUUGAAGUCAUUACAGGAUAACUUUUACCUCCUCAAUAGAAAAAAUGAAGCAGAAUCAAAGCAACUCGAUAUGAGAGUGAAUAGUCUGAAUGAUGACAUCAGCCAUUAUACCUCAGAUAUAGAAAGUCAUAGUAACACUAUAAGUAGAAAUAACGAGACACUAUCGAAGCUCACGACGAAGGAUUUGGAUGAGGAUAUACACGUCAAACAGCUCUCCAUCAACAAUCUAGAAAUGGAACUACAGCAGCUAUCUAAACAGCAGAAGCAAUUACAGAAUAAUCUAAACUAUCAUAAAAACAAUUCACCGCCACUAACGACUAAUUUAUUACCUUCGCAAUUAUUAGACGAUUACGAGUAAUUCGCUUCUUCAACUAAAUCCAUCAUGUCAUCAAACACACCAGACCCAAUAACAUUAUCACUUUUCUCUAAUAGAUUCAUUAGCUGCGCUGAGGCUAUGUCAAAAUCGUUAGAGCAGACAUCUAUUUCAACUAAUAUUAAAGAAAGAUUAGAUUUCUCAUGCGCUGUUUUCUCACCAAUAGGUGAUCUUAUCGCUAAUUUCCCAAAUAUACCUGUACAUUUGGGUGCAAUGUCAUACGCAAUUAAAUACCAAUUAAAUUUACAUAAAAAUGAUUUGCGUCCAGGUGACGUCUUAUUGACUAAUUCACCUAUCGCUGGUGGUUCUCAUUUACCGGAUAUCACAAUUAUCACACCAUGUUUCGAUAAAGCAACCAACGAAAUCAUCUUCUUUACAGCUUCACGUGGCCAUCACAGUGAUAUUGGUGGUAUUCUUCCAGGAUCUAUGCCACCGAACUCUACAUCAUUAGAGGAAGAAGGUGCUGAGAUUGUUUCCUUCAAAUUAGUCCAAAAUGGUCGUUUUGAUAGUGAGACACUUUACGAUUUACUAGUUACCCAACCAUCAAAAGUCGAGGGCAGCUCAGGAUGUCGUAAUUUCAAGGACGUUCAAUCGGAUUUAAAAGCUCAAGUUUCUGCAAAUCACAAGGGUAUUCAGCUUUUGCAUCUUCUCUGCAAGGAAUUCGGUUUGUCCAUGGUACAAGAAUAUAUGUAUCAUAUUCGCAAUAACGCAGAGUAUGCAGUCCGCAAUCUCCUCAAGACGGUUGCAAGAUCAACUGGUAGAACAACCCUUUCUGCCACUGAUUACCUCGAUGAUGGAUCACCAAUUUCCUUAACUGUUAAAAUCGAUGAGAUUCACGGCAGUGCAGUAUUCGAUUUCAACGGCACAGGUCCAGAAUUACGCGGUAACCUGAAUGCACCAAUAUCAGUUGUUCAUUCCGCUGUUAUUUAUUGCGCAAGAUCAAUGUUGGGUGUCGAUAUACCAUUAAACAGUGGAUGUUUAGCACCAAUCGAUAUAAUUAUACCUGAAGGUUCAUUAUUAUCACCAUCACCAGAAGCUGCAGUUUGCGGUGGUAAUGUAAUGACUUCCCAGAGGGUUGUCGAUGUAGUUCUUAAAGCCUUCGAAGCUUGUGCUGCAAGUCAAGGAUGUUGUAACAAUGUAACAUUUGGAGCAGGUGGUAAAGAUCCAAUUACAGGUGAGAUCAAACCUGGUUGGGGAUACUACGAGACUGUAGCAGGUGGAUCCGGUGCGACUAAAGACCAGGAUGGUGUUAGUGGCACACACGUACAUAUGACUAAUACACGUAUCACUGAUCCUGAAAUAUUAGAAAGACGCUACCCAAUUCUUCUACGUAGAUUCGAAUUUAGGAGAGGUAGUGGCGGUGUUGGCAAACACAGAGGUGGUGAUGGUGUCAUUAGAGAAUAUGAACUCAUGCAACCACUUCAACUGUCAAUAUUAUCGGAAAGACGUGUAACCAGACCAUAUGGUUUGCACGGUGGGGGUGACGCCCAACCUGGUCUGAACUUAUGGUUGAAGCAACCAAAGAAGAAGGCAAUCAGUAGUGGAUCUAACACUGACAAACCUAGGAUUAUUAACUUAGGUGGAAAGGCCUCAGCGAAGAUGAGCAAAGGUGAUGUAUUCAUUCUGUUAACACCAGGUGGUGGUGGCUACGGACAUCCAAGCGAAGCGACUGAUGACGCACCAUCUAGAGCUUCUUUAGGUCUUACAGAGGACUUCACUCCCCGUGGAAGUGUAUUCGAAAGACACUCACUCGCUGCAUCAAGUGCUUAAGAAUGUUUCUUUAUAUAUACAUUUUCAUUAUGACAUUAAAAAUU